AUGUCUCACGUGUGGCCAGACAUUGUGGUGCGAGGCGCCGGUGGCACGAUGGUAGUGCGAACGCGGCAACUUGUCAAAGACGCCAGGGCCGCCAACGUUCUCGUUUACAACGACAAAUCGAUGGACAUCAUCGCUUCGACGGGACAGCACCUCCGCUUUUGGAACCUGCAGACCAGCGAGCCUCUGAGAAUGAUAGCCUCCCCGUGUCCCCAGGGCAUCACGGCCAUGACAACCGAUAAGCCGGACCCCAAAAAAAUCUACCUCGGCACGUCGGACGGAGGGAUUGCGGUUGUACACAUCGUCACUGGGCAGUUGCUGUUCGAGGCUAAGAACGCCCACAACGGCGCGGUGGUGCUCGUGGUCGUGUGCUCGGCAUCGCGAGAGGUGGUGUCGGUUGGGGUCGAUCGGCGAAUAGCGGUACACCGCGAGAAGGCUAAUGGGCUCGGCCUCGUCCAGGCGGGGGAAAUCGAAGAAGCACACGGGGUGAUGAUCUCCGCGUGCGCGGUCAGCCAGGACGCGCAGCUGAUCGCCACGGCAGCAGGAGGCGAAAUUCGCCUCUGGCACAAGCAGGACCUCACGUUUCAAGGCGGGAUCUCCGACCUCGACGCGGACGUGCUCGGCUUGGUCUUCCUGCCAGGGACGGCAUGCCUGCUUGCCAGCGAUUCGGGCGGCGAUGUCGUCUUGUGGGUGGCUGAGUUCAGCAAAGCAGCUGGAGAGGCCCGCGCGGGCAACAAAACAGCGGCAGGUGGAACAAGGUCGACGUCGUCGUCACCGGCCGUACCAGAUACGCGUGGAGCAAAGGCAGCCCUGCCGAGUGACGUAGAAGUGACGGCACAAUCAGACUCGCGGCCAAACAUUCACACAAGUGGAGCCCGCUCUGCACCGGCUUGGGAAGCUGAUGAAGAGUUCGUAGGGGGGGACGGGGACGGACAGGGGGGCAGUGCAAAAGACGAUACUGCUGCAAAGGCAGGCGCUUGGGCACGUGGGCCGGACGGCGUCGAUGGCAGCAAGGCCGGCAAGGAGCUCCUCUCGAAUGCUGAGUUGUCGGAUGACUCCGAAUCGAUCUCGGCCGUCGACAAAAACAAUCCAAGGGAGGAAAGGUCCACAAAACACACGGAAGCGUCACCUGCUUCUUCUCCACAAGAACACAACAAGGCGCGACCACCGCCCCCUCCCGUUGCCACCGCCAAGCGACAAACGGGGUCUUGCACCCUGCGGCCCGGGCUGCUCCUUUCAGGCAGGCGGGUGAACCAAGCACACAGGUCGCUCGACGACGAACAACCCCACAACCAACAGCCGCAGCAGCAGCCAAGCCCGGUGUACGAGAUACAUCUUCACAGCAUGUACGACGACCGCAAGCCCACGGAAUCGCCGCAGCAGCAGAAGAACAACCACAGCUCCGACGGCACUCCCUCUCGCGACACAAGAGAAGAGGAUACUGGGAAGAUAACAGGGGACGAGGCGGGCGCGAACAAAACAGUGGGGGCGUCGGGGGAGCAGUCCACUGACGAGUUCUCGGAAAGUCAUGGUACAGAUCGAGCAGAAAGGAGAAUGAAGCAAGUGAUCGUGACCGGAAGCGCAGGGGGGUGGAUCGAGGUCUGGGAGGCGAAAGGUCUUUUGGCUAGGGCGGGCGUAGACGAGGAGGCAAUGGCGGCCAAGCUUCAACGGCGGCAGCCGCAGGAGAGGCAAGGGGUGCACAUCCGGGCCACCAGGCUUCGUCGCUCGGGCCUGACAUGUUGUACGCCAUCGGCUGCAUCUGCGUUUGUCGGGGGAAGUACGAAAAGCGCCCUCGAAGCGUUACACUCCGUCCCCCCCUCUCUGCGAUGGGAGGCGCAUCGCGGGAGCCCGGUGUCGACUCUGUGCGCGCUCGAUAAGACGCCGCUAGUGGUGACCGCUAGCACCGACAGCACCAUAAGGCUAUUCUCUCUCGCCGACGUCCAGGAGCCAGGAGGUGGUGCCGCUGACUUGGGUCACCAUGGUGACACGGGCAACCAGAACAGCCUUUUUCCGGGCAGAGGGAACCAUGGUAGUGUUCACGGGGCGUACUGUGCACCGGACGACCGUUUCACUGGCGUAGUUGCAGCGCCGCUUGCUGCUGCUCCUUCUACCCAACUGGGAGCUGUCACCACCAAGAAAAACCUAGCCGGCGGCGGCAAGAGCGGCAUGGGGGAUCGCGAUUGGCAAAAAUUGAUCGAUGUCAACGCCGCAGACCUGGGAUUUAGAAAGCCGUCGGCGACAGAGCUAGGGUCUACUGCGGCUAAGCCGGCCCGAGGCGAACUGGCGGCAGACGAAGCGGGCAUUGUCGGACAUUCGGGAGAGGGGGAGGCUCGGAGAGGACCGGGUAGCUUGUGGGACCGGGGACAAUCUCCGUCGGACUCCUUCGACAAGCAACGGAUGACUCUCACAAGCGCCCGCGCGGCCAAGAAUCACCUGGGAAAGGUCCUCUACGGGAACAUGUAUCACGAGAUCAAGUCCGGCGCCGCGUGCAACACCCUUGUCAUGGAGUACGUUCACCGCAAGAACCCGCGGGGUGAUGCCGUGAUAGACACGGAGGCGUCUCCUUUCUUGAAGGACAACUUAACGGACAGCUUGCCUUCGUUAGCGGAACGACGGCGACGACAAAGACGCCAAGUCACCGGCGCUGCAAAGGCUUCCAAACCCGUCAACGGUGUCCCAGCUUCGGCAAAGAGCACCGGUGGAAGGGACACUUUGCAGUCUUGUUCAUGGUCGCGAACGGGUGGAGGCAUUAACACCGGAACUUCUGCGAGCACGGAUGAAGCUAGAGAAAUGCUGGGGAUAGCGCGUAGAACGGGGGAAGGAGGGUCUGCAGGGGAAACAUCCGGUCCUAGCAUCGCCGAGAAUCAAGAACAAACGCAGCAGACCUUAGAAGAAUGGCACGGACACCCUCAAACCGACACAGACAGUGCAAACGGAGGGCUUCCCAAAAGCGAUAGUGGCGUGAACAACAGUGACGACAACGCAGGAAAGCGGGUGCAACGCCGCCCUCGCUACAAGUCACCUGUUAGCAGUGGUUCUAACAUACGAAACAUCGGAAAUAGGGCAGCGCCCACCGAUCAAGAUCAUACCGAAUCUCGGAGAAGCGUCAGGGGAACGGAGCCUCAACAUGUACACGCCGAAUCACCCAUCCUUGCCGCAGGGCGAAACCGGGCCCCUAUCAAACAAGAAGACGCUCCCUACCAACAGGGAGGCAACCGUUUCGGCAGCAUAGACAGACCAGUUGCUGGUAGUGACAGAGAUGGAAGAGCAAGACGGCGAAGGGGUGCGGGGAUAAAGGAAGAUGAUGAGGCAGCGGGCGGUGGCUCGUCCUCUUCACGGAUGGAUUUGCGGCAGAGGCAAAGACACAUCACGACCAGUGCGUCGCUCACGACACUCUCGCUGCAAGAGAUGGAACAACGAAAAGCUUCUUCUGGAAGCCGGGGUGCCGGCGAAGACUCUUUGGAUAGCCUUCUCUACCUCAAGUUAGAGCCUGGAGAUACGCUGAGCUCAGGAGGACGUACAUUGACGAAGUGUGCCUCCGUGCCGUCUGUGGAUCUCAAGGAGCGCUGGAAGGAGAUGCAGGAACGGUUUGAUAACGCCAUAUCUCCGUGUCACCUGGAUGGUUCCGCGACUACGACGGACGGGAGCACGCUCAAGUCGCAGACAAAAUCCUCGGUAGGCGCGUACAUCCGUCGUCGAGUACAUCCGUCGGAAGGAUCAUUGGGGUCGAGGUUCGAAGAGACUAACGAGUCCCUUCUUGGCGUGGCCAACUUUGGGACGUACACCAGAAGCGAGGUGGAAACUCUGGGCGGAGUCUUCCUAUUGUGCGCCAGGGAGGGGUUCCACUUCACGUACGACAUGUGGCGAAAGGCCAUGCUAAGCAACAACGGGGUUCGGGUUCUCAAGGGUCUUCAGUUUGGCAUGCUGGACGAGGACAACGACGGUGAAGUAUCCUUGGCCGACAUCACCAGGGCGGUCUUCCGGAGGGCGGGCAGCCGAGACAUUCAUCGCAUUCGUCGAUUCCUGGAGUUGUGGCUAAACAGAGAGCGGCAGAAGCACCAACGACGUCAAGUGAACAAGGCCCUCAAAGAGACGCGAGGUACCACGGUCCAACUUGCUGCUGGCACGAAAAUGCGCGCUUCAAAUUUCCGCCAACCAGGUACGACUGGAGAGUUGACUAGCGUGGGGAAGUGGGCCUUUCGGUGCUGCAAGUGA